CUGCUGGGAACCAAUCUUUCUCGUCGAAGUUUCCUGUCGACUAUUUAAACUAUCGGAGGAACCACAGUGGGAGUACGCGCACCGUUCAUCAGACUAGCUUGAGGCAGCCGUUGGUGUGGUGAGUGAAUCCAGAGACAGACGACUAACCAUGACUUCACUGGGGAGCAGCAGUUCCUCAACCACAGAAUACAUUGUGCGUGUCCCCAAAAACACCAGCAAGAAGUACAACAUCAUGGCUUUCAAUGCAGGAGACAGAGUCAGCUGUUCAACAUGGACACAGGCUCGUAUGGAAAGAGACAUGAGUGCUCGGCGGAUAUACGGGGAGGAAGAGACGCCGGAAGGUGCGGCUGGUAGUGAGUUUGGCAAAAAACAACGAGAGGAAGCACGGCGGAAAAAGUUUGGUAUUGUGACACGUGAGUUCAAAGCGGAGGACCAGCCCUGGAUUCUCAAGGUCAAUGGCAAGGCUGGCAAGAGGUUCAAAGGUCUAAAGAAAGGCGGUGUUACAGAGAAUGCAUCCUACUACAUCUUUACACAGUGUCCGGAUGGAGCUUUUGAGGCCUUCCCUGUCCAUGGCUGGUACAACUUUACACCGCAGGCCAAGCACCGAACUCUCACUGCUGAGGAGGCUGAGGAGGAGUGGGGCAGGAGGAACAAGGUGGUGAAUCACUUCAGCAUCAUGCUUCAGAGGCGACUCCGGGAGCAGGAGCGUGGUGAGGAUGAGGAGGAUGAGGGAGAGAAAUCGGGAAAGAAGAAAAAGAAGGGGGGUGGCGCUAGAGGGGGCGACCUGCGCAUUCACGACCUGGAAGAUGAACUAGAGAUGAGCAGCGAUGACAGCGACAGCAGUAUGGGGGAAGAUGGAGAGAGCAAGACAAAAGCGAAGAAGGACACCGGGAAAGGCAAAGCAAAGAAGAAGAAGCGAAAGAGCAAUGAGAGCGAGGCCUUGGAAGACAGUGAUGACGGUGACUACGAGGGCCUAGAGGUGGAUUACAUGUCAGAUGAAAGCAGCUCAGAUGAAGAGCCAGAAAAGGGAAAGCCCAGCAAAGGAGAGGACCUCCCUAAAGGGAUUGAUGAGGCAUCUGAAAGCGAGGAAGAGAGUGAGGAGGAGAAACAGAAUGACGAGGAGGCAAAAGAGGAGGAGGAAGAGGAGGAAGGAAAGAAAACCCCGGUCCAAAUGGAAAAGAAGAAGAAAAAAGACAGCAGCGGAGAAUCGGACAGCUCAGACGACAGUGACAUCGAGGGAGAGACGGCCUCUGCUUUGUUCAUGAAGAAGCGCACUCCUCCUAAACGUGGAGGUGGACGUGGCUCUGCAGGAAGCUCCAGGACUGGCAGUCGCCCUGGGACACCAUCCAUCGACUCUGCCUCCACCUCCAAUACACUCCGUGCUGCUGCCAGCAAGCUAGAGCAAGGUAAGAGACAGACUCAGGGUCCUGCUACUGACUCACCAGCUGCCAAAAGGCUGAAGAUGGAGACCAGCAGUCAGAGCCCUGUUCCCUCUGGGAAGAGCACACCUCAACCUCCAUCAGGAAAAUCCACCCCCAGCUCCAGUGAUGUGCAGCUGACAGAGGAAGCGGUCCGGCGCUACCUGAUCCGUAAACCGAUGACCACCAAAGACCUGCUGAAGAAGUUCCAGACCAAGCGCACAGGUUUGAGCAGUGAGCAGACUGUCAACGUGCUCGCACAGAUCCUGAAGCGCCUGAAUCCAGAGCGCAAGAAUGUUAAUGACAAAAUGCACUUCUACCUCACCGAAUAACCUGUGGAAGCGAGGGACGGGGAGGGUGGAGAAGGAUAAGGAGGACAGGAAAGGACUAAAAAUUAACUUCUUCAGGUGAAAAGUUAUGGUGUUUCUGGAAACCGUGACCCCCCUGGAAGAGGGGUUAUGUGUUUCUUUUUAAUAAAUAGCUUGAGUUGUGACGUGCCACAGGAUCAGAGGUUGAAACUAUCUUCACAGGUGGCAUUUAUCAAAAAAUAUUUUGUUGAUCAUCUUGCAUUUGUUUUUCAUAGUCCGAAAUCUCACAUUAAACAGCAUAAAAUUUAACAGCUCAAUCUCUGUAUGAUUACUCUCCACAUGUCAACAGUUCAACGUAGAACUGGAUGAAUGAGAAGAAAGUCUUUAAACGUGUUUUUCUAGUGGAUAAAAGUUUUUCUAAUAAAAUGUAAAAUGUG